UGUUUACAUUUACCCAGCGCAGUUUCCAUAAAAUACAGAGAGUUAAACAGAGACUGGUGGGAACUGUCGGAACCAGUGACUCUGACUGAACCGACCCAAUCCAAAACCCACACACUCAGAUCGAUCGACCACCAAGAGCCUCCAAAUGGCCGUCGAAAUCCCGACGGAUGCGAUAAAGCAGCUGCAGAUCUUGCUUCGAAAACAAGCCAAGAUGUCGUCGUACGACCCAGACGACACGCCGUUGGCAAAUCUCCCUUCUCCGGAAGAAACCAUAUCGGAGCUGGAUCCGUCGCCGCCGUACCUCCGGUGCAAGCAUUGCAAAGGCCGGCUUCUCAGAGGCGUAGCGUCGCUGAGUUGCGUCUUCUGUGGCGCAGAAACCUGCAAGGACCUGCCUCCUGAUCCUAUCAAUUUCCGCAACACUUUAGGGUUCCGGUGGUUGCUCAAGUCCUUGGCUCUAGAUGGAUCGGAGAUAGUGGACCUAUCAACUAAAGCGAAUGAAUCCAGUAGAGGCCAGAAUGCAGCGAAGGAUGAGUUAACCGUGUCUGAGCUUUUAAAUGUAGAACUAAGAUGGACUUCUAAGUCGGAGAAAUCCGGGGCUGGGCUUUCGGAUGAGAAGGCUCCCACUCGGCCUAAAAGUUUUCUGGAUUUGGCUGGAGUGAAUCUGGACAACUUCUUUUCGGAAGGAGAGAAAGAUGCUGCUUUGAAUGCAUCUGAAGAGCCGUUUGAGCCGAGCUCUCAGACUGCAACUACAGAGACUAGUGCUUUCAAACGUAGUGAAAAUCUUAGUUUGUUUGCAUCAGAAGAGUUGUUUGAGCCGAACAAACCAAUUGCCACUACAGAGACUAGUGCUUUCAAAGGUAGUGAAAAUCUUAGUAUAUUUGCGUUUGAGCCAAGCAAACAGAUUGCCACUACAGAGAGUGGUGCGUUCCAAGGUAGUGAAAAUCUUAGUUUCUUUGCAUCUGAGAAGCCGUUUGAGUCGGGCAAACAGACUACCACCACAGAGAGUACUGCUUUUCAAGGUCAUGAAAAUCUUAGCUUGUUUCAGAAUGUGCAGCCUUCUGCGACAGCUGUGCAGUCUACUCAAGGCGAGAGCGGUGAUUCCAUUUCCAGUUGGCCGGCAAGUUUUCAGUCCGCUGCUUCUGAAAAUGUUCCUCAAGAAUCAAAAUCACUUGACCCCUUUGUGGGUUCUACAGUGGAUCUUUCUGCCCAUAUAGACACGGUGUUUGGAUCUGUUGGGGACUCGACUAAUGUAAAAUCAAACCAUAGUACAUCCACGAGUAAUGACUGGUUUUCAGAUGAUUUAUUGAGUAUUUCCAACUCUGGGUUAGCUGGGCAGCCUCAACAGUUAGAAUCACUUUCUACGGUGAAGGAUGACAGAAUAGCUGAAAAUGCAAAUAACUUAUUAUCUACUGGUGUUGAUUGGGUUGAAGACACUCAAUGGCAGACCACUAGCAAGGAGGCUCCUGAUAAUACGACUGCUGAUGAGGAUGAUGAUUCGUUUGGUGCUUGGAAUGAUUUCACUAGCUCGAGUAGUGCACAGAAUCCAUCUAGCUCUUCAAAACAAACUGUCGAUCAGACAACAGCUCCUGACAAGAAUUCAGUAACAAAUCUGUUCAGCACAGCUAGCAGUUCACAGGAUGAUGAUUCGUUUGGUGCUUGGAAUGAUUUUACUAGCUUGAGUAGUGCACAGAAUGGUUCUAGCUCUUCAAAACAAACUGUCGAUCAGAUGACACCUGCUGAUGAGACUUCAGUAACAAAUCUGUUCAGCACAGCUUGCAACUCACAGGACUUGGAUUUUGGUAACUUUUCGCAGCCAGAUCUCUCUGCUGGAGAAAUUAGCAGUUCACAUGGUUCUACAGUAGUGAAUAUAUCCCAGCCAGAGGCUUCUGUUUUAGACAGGAUGGCUGAUGCGGGCCCAAAAGAUGAAGAUAUUGCGAAGGAUGGAGGAGAUAUUUUUAGUGCAAAAACAGUAUCAAAGUCUGAAGAUGUGGAGAAAAUAAUGUCACAGAUGCAUGAUCUCUCUUUUAUGCUUGAGAGCAAUCUUUCAAUACCUCCCAAGCGAGAUGUACAUUCACUUUCCCAAGAUCACACAUAAUUUGUUUCUGUAUACGCAAUUCUCGAAUGGUAUUGGAUGCAUUCCGCAACUCUUCCUUCAAGUUGUUUUCCUCAUUGUCUCCUCGUGCUUUCUCGUCAGCGAGAAUCAAUUCCUCAUUUUCUCUUCGUGACUUGCAUCUUUCAGUCUGCACAUCAGCAGCUACAUUCCCUUGGUUCUCCUUCCUUGGUUGCUCCACAACGCUUAAUCCUAACACAAUUUCUUGGCGACGGGUUGAUGACUUUGUUGUUGUUUGCACUGUAUUUUUCUUGUGCAUAUCCGCAUUCCCAUUGGGAGAUUUGUCUGAAGAAACUUUCUGACUUUUGUGUGGGGGGGAUUUGGCUUCAUUUGUAUUCGAAUCUGGAAGUGAUCUCUUGCGUGAAGAGGACUUGUCUAGAUUUGAAUCUAAAACUGGUCUCUUUCGUGAAGAGGACUCGUCUCGAUUUGAAACUAAAACUGGUCUCUUGCUUGAAGGGGACUCAUCUGGAUUUGAAUCUAAAACCGGUGUCUUGCGUGAAGAGGACUUGUCUGGAUUUGAAUCUAAAACUGGUCUUUGGCUACCUGACUUAGCAGCUUCCCUCUCUUCAUUAAUAGCCCUGACAUUGCGGCGUGGAGCAUAGCCAAUUUUGUGACAAUUGGUAGACCAGUAUGCCUUUUGCGUUUCCACCAACUUUUGCUUGAGUCUGUCAAGAAGUAAGGUAUGCUCAAACCCCUGCUUAUCAUGAGCUGGGUUGAUAUAAUCAGCUUCUAUAACACCUAUAACACCGCGGCCAUCGCUUCCUGCAGCAUUCCACACCCUCCAAAAUGGCGUGAUCAGCCUAUUCCUGUGAUAUACAUUGAACCCUUGAACAUCAAGAUGGUUUUUUGCAUCUUUCACAAACCCAAGAGUGACCUCAGCAACCAUAUUUGUAUCCUUCUUUUCCUUCUUGGUUUUCUUCGCUAUAUAUGUCUCCUCCUUUUCGAUAGGCUUAGGCCUAUACGUAAUCUGCUCGGACCACAUCAAAUCAUUCAAAAUGUUGUGAUGCUCAACAUCCUUGCCGCGAAGAAUG